UAUUAAUUAACUUAAUGGUAUUCUAAAGCUUUAUAAAUAGCAGGGACACACUUUCUUAGUUUUAAAAGAGAGCCAAGUAACUAGCAAGAAAUUAGAAGUAACUUUAAAGAAGAAGAAAAAUGGUUGGAUUUUGUGGUGAAGUGGAGAUUACACGUCAAUGUGCCAAUCAUCAUCCUUCUGUUUGGGGAGACCAUUUUCUUACCUAUGCUAAUCUCUUGGGAACCAAUGAAUGGGAAGAGAAGGAAGAUGAAGACCAAAAAGGAGGAGUGAGAAAAAUGCUAGGGAUGGCUCCUUCCAAUUCAUUGCAAAAAUUUGACCUCAUCAACACAAUACAAUUGCUUGGAGUGGCAUACCAUUUUGAGCAUUAUAUUGAGGAAUCAUUGAGUGAAAUCUUUAAUGAUUAUGAAGAAUGGAUUGGUGAAUUUGGUGAAAGUGACCUUCAUGUUGUUGCUCUAAGCUUUCGAUUACUUAGUCAACAAGGUUAUUAUGUCUCAUCGGAUGCUUUUAGGAAAUUCAUUAACGAGCAAGGAAGCACUAGCCAGGGACGUACAAGGAUUAUUGAGCUUGUACGAGGCAGCGUAAUUCAGAGUACAUGAUGAAGAAAUUCUGGAUGAAGCAAUUAAUUUCACCACUACUCAUUUGAAGCUAAUUUUGCCUAAUUUGAGCGAUUCCCUUGCGACUCAAGUCAGUAACGCACUGAAAUUUCCAAUCAACAAUAUUAUAGUGAGGGUAGGAACAAGGAAAUACAUA